AUGUCUACUGUUACGCCCCACAACUCUUUGAAUGGCACCAACGGAUGUCAUACUCUCGGUCAGAGAGUCAAGGUCAUUGUCGUGGGAGCAGGGUUCGCCGGUAUGACCGCUGUCAUUGAAUGCCAGAGGCGAGGCAUGGACGCUAUUCUCGUCGAAAAGUACACCAACUCGGCCGAAUAUGGCGACAUCAUCGACUUUUUCGCCAAUGCAGGGCGCAUCGUCGAUGCAUGGGACAACGGCAAAGUGGCUGAUAGAUUGCUCGACAUUUGCAUCACCAAAGCAAAGUGGAUGCAGAUGCUGAAGCACACUGGUGAAGCUGUCCAUCGUGACCCCUGGUAUCUCAAGCCAGAGCACUUUAGAUACCAGUAUGCUGGUCAGAGAGGCGCCAUGUGGAAGAUUUUCCGCGACUACGCCGAGGAGCUUGGUGUCGAGAUGCACUUUGGCGUUGGAGUGGUCGACUAUUUCGAAACUGAGGAUGAGACCGGGGUGAUUCUCGCCGAUGGGACCAGGAUUACUGGCGAUUGUGUUCUGGCUGGGGAUGGCCCAAAGUCCUUGGCUAGGCAGAAAGUCCUCAAACUCGAAGACAAGAAAACCAAUAGCGGCUAUGCUAUCUUCAGAUCUUAUUUCGAAGCAACCGAGGAAUUCAGAGAGCAUCCCCUCUUGCAAGAAUAUCUCAACCCGGACGAGGACACCAUUAAGUUUUGGAUUGGUCCGGACUCUCAUAUGCUAGCCUACUCCUGGCAGGGAGGCUCAAAAGUCGUAUGGGUAUUCUUUCAUCCAGAUAAAGAAGAUAUUGGCGAAUCGUGGUCUGAAUCAGCCGACAAGUCGUCCGUUUUGAACUAUAUUGAUAGCAUCGGGUUCAAUAAUGAAUGCAGGGCCAUAGUGGAGCUUACGCCUCCUGGAAGAGUCAUUGAUUUCAAGCUUGUUUGGCGUGAUCCGCUUGAGACGUGGCUCAGUCAAGGCUCAAGGGUUGCUCUGAUCGGUGAUGCAGCGCAUUGUCACUUGCCUACCUCGGGUCAGGGGGGCUCCCAAGCUAUGGAAGAUGCAGUCACGGCUGCCAUCUGCCUAGAAAAGGCAAAGGGUGAUGUUCCACUGGCGUUGAAGGUUAUGGAAAGAAUCCGUUUCAAUCGCUCACAUAUCACGCACCAGGCAGGGAUGCAAAUACGCGACAUCUGGCAUCAGAACCCUUGGGAGCAUGUUGAAGAUGACCCAGAAAAGAUCGCAUUAGCCAGAGGAGACUGGAUUUUGGACUUCGAUGCCGUAAAGACCGCAGAAGAGCACUUUGAGCGAUUAGCAGAAGAUGUACGUAGCGGCAAAAAGGGUACGCUGCAAGAGCUUUCACUGCCAGCCGGUGGCGUGUAUGAUGAUAUCCGCAACAAGUAG